ACUUUUUCCCCCCAAACUGCCUUCCUCCUCAUGAAACCGAAUCCUCCAGCUGUGGCGUCCCAGGCGCCCGCCCCGACGCGCCGCGGCUCCCGCCCGGAGGCGGCGCCCCUCGCCCGGCUCCUCUGCCUGGCUCCUGCCUUCGCCCUGCGCAGCCAGCUGCGCCUCCGACCUGCCGGCGCCUGUCCUGCCUGAAGAUGAAGGUGUGGCUGCUGCUGGGCCUUCUGCUGCUGCACCAAGCGCUGGAGGAUGUUGCUGGCCAACACCUUCCCAAGAACAAGCGUCCAAAGGAGCCGGGAGAGAAUAGGAUCAAACCUAGCAACAAAAAGGUGAAGCCCAAAAUUCCUAAAAUAAAGGACAGGGACUCAGCUGAUUCAACACUGAAGACGCAGUCUAUCAUGAUGCAAGUGAUGGAUAAAGGUCGCUUCCAGAAACCAGCUGCCACCUUGAGUCUGAUGGCAGGGCAAACUGUGGAGCUCCGAUGUAAAGGGAAUAAAAUCGAGUGGAGCUACCCUGUGUAUCUGGAUACCUUCAAGGACCCCCGCCUCAGUGUGAAGCAGCAUGAGCGCUACGGCCAGCUGACCUUGGUCAACUCCACUGCGGCCGACACUGGUGAAUUCAGCUGCUGGGGGCAGCUCUGCAAUGGCUACAUCUGCAGGAGGGAUGAGGCCAAGAUGGGCUCCACCUACAUCUUUUUUACAGAGAAAGGAGAACUCUUUGUACCUUCUCCCAGCUACUUCGACGUUGUCUACCUGAACCCAGGCAGACAGGCUGUGGUCCCUUGUCGCGUGACGGUGCCUUCUGCCAAGGUCACGCUCCACAGGGAGUUCCCAGCCAAGGAGAUCCCAGUCAACGGGGCGGACAUCUUUUACGACCUGAAGAGAGGCUUCGUGUAUCUGCAACCCCAUCCUGACCACCAGGGGGUGGUCUACUGCAAAGCCGAGGCCGGCAGCAGCUCUCAGGUCUCCAUCAAGUACCAGCUGCUCUACGUGGAGGUUCCCCGUGGCCCUCCGUCAACAACCAUCCUGGCCUCCGCCAACAAAGUGAGAGGUGGGGACGACAUCAGUGUGCUCUGCACUGUGCUGGGGGAGCCUGACGUGGAGGUGGAGUUCAGGUGGAUCUUCCCAGGGCAGAAGGAUGAGAGACCCGUGACAAUUCAAGACACCUGGAGGCUGAUCCACAGAGGCCUGGGCCACACCACCAGGAUCUCCCAGAGUGUCCUCUCAGUUGAAGACGUGGAAACCAUUGAUGCAGGAUAUUACAUCUGCACUGCUCAGAAUCUCCAAGGACAGACGACAGUUGCUACCACUGUCGAGUUUUCCUGAUUUGGAAAGUUAAGUACGAUGAACUGGUGGGAAGCCCAUUGGUAUCCACAACCAGUUUCAGGGUGCUUUGCUGGGGACUGAUGUCAAGUGCCAAACCCCAGCUCCUCCAUUUUGAGAAAGACCCAGACGUCCAAGCUCAAAGGAAGUCACCAGUCUACUAAUACAAGUGGUAACCUUUCUGUGUUUCUAGUUUUUAUACUAAGAAAGCAUAUAAACAAUUUUAUAUAAUCAUUUCCAUUAAAUGAGCAAGUUUUCAUAAAACGUAAAAAAA